AUGUUUCAAGGUCGGAUCAAAGUUCUGUACUUCCACGUUCGGGAGGACCUGGAUGAGUCUGUCCUGGACCAGCUGGAUGAAGUCGUCGAAUUCAUGAAGAAGUGGGCCCAGGAGAUCUGGGAGAUUCUGCACUGGAUCACAAUAAAACCCAUGGGCAAGACCACUGCCGAGACCAAGGCCUUGGCUGAGUCCAAGAAGCUGAACGACAGCCGAGCCAAACGUCGUGACAAGGUCGCUCAGAAGUUCCAGAAACUCAAGAAACGCUUGAUCUCGGAAGGCUUCCCUGAAACCCUGUUCGAAGAACCCGGAAUCUGGCAGUAUCCGAACCAAAUUUGCCACCUCUUUCUCAUGGAUCCGGGAACCAAGAAGGAGAACGGGGACUCGUACUCCUGGAUCGAGUAG